AUCCCCGAUCUUGAGUGACAGGUAUGCGCGUGACCAAAUCGAGCAUGAGCCGGCCGAGUCCGAGUCCGAGUGUGAUGGCAUGAGCCUUCUGGCCAAUUACAAACAGUAAGGGACAACGACUUCCUGACUCGGCCGGUAGCGCGCCUGCUUACAGCCCCGGCAAACUUCUGACAGCAGUGGGGACGGUUGCUCAUUUCUUACAGAUUUCGCUCAGCUGUUAGAGAGAUUUCAUUUGAUGGAGAAUGAGUGUCCCUGACUAUAUGCAGUGUGCUGAGGACCAUCAGAGUCUUUUGGUCAUUGUCCAACCUGUGGGAAUUGUACCAGAAGAACAAUUCUUCAAGAUUUACAAAAUAAUUGCUGCUGCCAAUCAGAUUAAUCUUCGAGAUUCACAACGCAUUCUGUAUAUUCGUUACAGACACCAUUAUCCACCUGAAAAUAAUGAAUGGGGAGACUUUCAGACUCAUCGGAAGGUUGUAGGGUUAAUAGCUAUCACACAGUGUUGCAGUGCAAAGGAUUGGCCCCAGACAUCGGAGAAAUUUCAUCUGCAGAAAGAAAUUUAUGGUUCUACACUGUAUGAUUCGCGGUUAUUUGUCUUUGGACUGCAGGGGGAAAUUGCUGAGCAACCUCGCACUGAUGUUGCAUUUUAUUCUAGUUAUGAUGAAUGUGAAACCAUACAGAAGAAAGUGGAAGACUUUAUCGAAUCAUUGUUCAUUGUUUUAGAAUCCAAACGUCUUGACAGAGCAACGGAUAAAUCCGGAGACAAAAUUCAAUUACUGUGUGUGCCAUUUGAAAAGAAAGAUUUUGUAGGCCUAGAUACAGAUAGCAGACAUUAUAAGAAGCGUUGCCAGGGCAGAAUGCGGAAACAUGUUGGUGACCUUUGUUUGCAAGCAGGCAUGCUGCAAGAUGCUCUUGUGCAUUACCAUAUGGCUGUCGAACUACUUCGAUCUGUGAAUGACUUCCUCUGGUUGGGAGGUGCACUGGAGGGGUUGUGCUCUUCUUCAGUAAUUUAUCAUUAUCCAAGUGGUACUGGAUCAAAACCUUCAAUUCGCAGAGCUAAUAACAUGUGUUUGCCAUCUGAGGCUGGCAAGCGACACCGACAUGGGGCACAGGAAGUUCUCAUUGAUCCAGGUGCAUUAACAACAAAUGGCAUCAGUGCAGAUACAAGUACUGAGAUUGGAAGAGCGAAGAACUGUCUAAGUCCUGAGGAUAUUAUUGAUAAAUAUAAGGAAGCCAUUACUUACUUUGGCAAGUACAAAAAUGCUGGUGUAAUUGAGCUGGAAGCUUGUGUAAAGGCAGUUCGGGUGCUUGCUGUUCAGAAGAGAAGCAUGGAGGCUUCGGAGUUCCUUCAGAAUGCUGUGUACAUCAAUCUUGGCCAGCUUUCCGAAGAGGAGAAGAUUCAACGAUAUAGUGUCCUUUCUGAGUUAUAUGACCUGAUAGGUUUUCAUCGUAAAGCUGCCUUCUUCAAGCGUGUAGCAGCAAUGCAAUGUGUGACACCAUCAAUCGCUGACCCGGGAUGGAGAGCUUGUUAUAAACUGCUGUUGGAGACGUUACCUGGAUAUAGCUUGUCACUGGAUCCCCAAGACUUCAAAGGAACUCACAAAGGCUGGCCAGCAUUGCAAAUGCGCUUACUCCAUGAACUUGUUUAUGCUUCAAGACGAAUGGGAAAUCCUGCUCUUGCAGUUCGCCAUCUGUCCUUCUUGCUUCAAACCAUGCUUGAUUACCUCUCUGAUCAAGAGAAAAAGGAAGUUUCUCAAAGUUUGGAGAACUACACCACAAAAUGCCCUGGUACUAUGGAAAAUGUCACACUACCUGAUGGUGUGAAAUUGCUUCCAAUUCCUCUUACAAAACUUCCGAUUGUCAGGUCUGUAAAACUCUUGAAUCUUCCAGUUAACCUCCGCCCACAAAAAAUAAAAAAUACACUCAAUCAGAACACGUCCUCCAAGAGCCCUUUCAUUUACUCACCAAUUAUUGCACAUCACCGUGGUGAAGAAAGAAGUAAAAAAAUAGAUUUCCUUUGGGUGCAAGGAGACGUGUGUGAAGUUCAAUUGAUGGUCUAUAACCCCAUGCCUUUCGAACUGAGAGUUGAAAAUGUGGGACUAUUGGUUACAGGUGUUGAAUUUGAAUCUCUCCCAGCUGCACUCUCUCUCCCUGCUGAAUCGGGAUUAUACCCAGUGACACUAGUUGGUGUUCCGCGUACAUCAGGACAGAUUAAUGUAAAUGGUUACCAAACUUCUGUUUUUGGUGUGUCCAGUGACUGUUUGUUAGACCAUUUGCCUGGAGUGAAAACUAAUGGAUGCACCGUAGAAGUUGUUCCAGCUUUACCACGACUACAAAUUACUACAUCUCUGCCACGGUCUGCGCACAUUCUGUUGCCGUCGUCAGGUGAUGAGGUAUCCAAUAGUGUAUCUAUUCACCUUUUUAAUGGGGAAUUGCAACAGCUGACCAUCAAACUGGAGAAUAUUGGUUCAGAGCUUCUAGAAACAUUAGAGAUCUCUGCUAAAACCAUAAAUAAUAAAGAAAAGUUGUAUGGUGACUUUCUGAGCUGGAAUUUAGAAGAAUUGCUCGCACAAUUUCCACUUGAAUCUGGGAAGACAGCUAUUUUUACAGUCAAUAUCCAAGUGAAAUUAGACUUCUCCUGUCAAGAAAAUCUGCUCCAGGACUUGAAUGAUGAUGGCAUCAGUGUUGCAGGGUUACCCUUGUCAAGCCCUUUUCGACAGAAUGGCAAACCUCGCUCGGAUAGCAAGUCUACUGUUUUGAAUUCAGCUGACACCAACAGUAAGAGUGAAUACAGUCAUAUAAAGACAUUGGAAGCCGUUCUGAACUUCAAGUAUUCUGGUGGACCAGGCCAUGUUGAUGGAUAUUACAGGAAUCUUUCUUUGGGGCUUCAUGUAGAUGUUGAGCCAUCAGUGUUCUUUACCAGGGUCAGCACACUUCCUGCAACAAGCACCAGACAAUGUCACCUUCUCUUAGAUGUCUUCAAUUCAACAGAACAUGAACUAACUGUUAGUGCAAAAAACAAUGAGGAUUUGAUCCUACAUGCUGGAGAGUGCCAGAGGAUGGCCAUACAAGUUGACAAGUUCAACUUUGAAGCACUUCCAGCAUCUAGCAAAGUGCUGUGUAGUGAAAACCUAAAGCAAAUUGAAGAGGAAAGACGUCAUGCUCAGGCUGUUGAGAUCAACAACAAAUUAAACAUCUGCUGGAAGAUCCCAUCUCUUAAUCGUGAAGGAGAAGCCAGUGUGGAAGGAGUUCUCAAUCAAUUGGUGCAGGAACAUUUACAACUAGCUCCUCUGCAAUGGGAUGUUUUUGUAGCUGGGAAACCCUGUGACUGUGAUGUAGUGGUUGAGUGUCAGGCCGGUGACCCAACAUCCCUGGAAGUGAAGCUGACCAAUCAGAGCAAGGGAACUGUUGGCCCUUUUGCCCUCACUGUCAUUCCAUACCAGGACUAUCAAAAUGGGGUCCACAACAAUGAUCUUGGGAAUGCUGUUACCUCUAUUGGAUCCAAUACAUUCUACAUAGAUGCAGUGAAAUCUACUGAAGAAUGUGUUUGCAGUGGAGCUCUCCUAUUCCUGUAUGCUGGUGAUUACUACUUGAAUAUAAAAUUUCAUGAUAACUCAAAUAGGGAGCUACCCCUUUCUUGGUUCUGCUUGCCAAGUGUUCAUGUGCGUGCCAUGGAUCCCACUCAACACACAAAACUUUAAAUUUAUAUUUAAAAAUUGUAAGAUUAGUGAGUUAAAUCAUUGUAAAUAUUGACUAACUAGUCAUACCUGCCAACAAGAUCUCACUGAAUAUUCUGGUUUAAGAUUACGCUGGCAUUUGUCCAAAAAAAGCUUCUAGAUUUUUCUGUAAAGCUUGCUUAGCCAAAUUUUUACAUAUCCAAGGGAUUGAUGACUACUGUCAGUAAAAUUAAUCGUUAGUAAUAAAUCUGUAUUAUAGAGGAGCCAGGGUGUACCUUUGAAUGAAAUAAAAGAUAGUUAUAAGUUGGUACACUGCCUGUUCUCUAAUCAGAACCUUGGUAAAAUUAUAAAGAUAAAUUUACAUUUCUUGGCAUGGUUAGGUCAGAAACUGGUGCACAAUGAAAUUUAGUUGUUAAAAAUGUUUCACAGAUUUUGGCUCUAAGAAUAAUGGGAAUAGAAGGAAGGUUGACAAAUAAUAUCAGUAUUGUAAUUAUGAAGGCUUGUAUUCUUUACAAGUCUGAAAUGACAAUGCUGUAUAGCUCAGUCUUAAUGCUCAGUUAAUUCCUUAUCCUUUUGAAACACUGUACUGUUCAAAUGUAUGGGCACAAUGUCUUGAUGGCCUGUUAUAUCUGUAAGGUACCUGCAGUUGUUUUUGAGAGUUAAGGCAAUGUGUCCUGUUCACACUGCAAUGAAUUGGCUGCUGCCCUUCAGAGGUAUUUGUUAACUUUUCUUUCUCCCCCUAAGAUGUUAGUAAAACCAUUUUUAAUCUUACCAAUAAACAAUUUCAAGAAAACAACUGGAAAGCCAGUUACAAACUCAGGGUUUUUUUACAUUUAACAAUUGUGAUUUAUGAAUAAUUCAACUUCAUGAUUACUUUGCAGUUGAACAUCUGCAAUUAUUAUAAAGUAAUUAGAAUUAUAAAGAUUAGUGGGAUUAUGCCACAGUUUCAGUUGCAGUGUGAACAAGGCGAUGUCUUUUUUGAUUCAUACAAAAUUCAGGAACUACUGUAACUGGCAUCUCUGUACACCAACCAAACUGCUGUUGUAAAGAUAUGUUUCUCUUCCUGUACCUGCAAAACAUUGUAUCUUUGGAAAUAAAUUUUGCUUGCAUGUC